AUGUGCGGUGGGGAUCAUGUAAAAGAAGUGUCAGAAUUCAUUCUAGUAGGAUUCACAGAAGAUCCACUGCUACGCAUUUCCCUUUUUGUGGUGUUUCUGACCAUUUAUGUCAUCACUCUUCUGGGAAAUCUUGGGAUGAUUGCAUUGAUUUGUCUUGACCCCCAUCUUCAAAAACCCAUGUACUUUUUCCUCAGUAACCUGUCUUUCUCAGAUCUAUGUUAUUCCACUGUCAUUGUUCCCAAAACACUGGUGAAUUUUUUGGCUGAAGAGAAAACCAUUCUGUUUGCUGGCUGUGCUGCCCAGUUCUAUUUCUAUGCUGUGUUUGCCACUGUAGAGUGUCUUCUGCUAGCAGCCAUGGCCUAUGACCGUUAUGUAGCCAUCUGCAACCCACUUCUCUACCCAGUUGUCAUGUCCCGGAAGAUGUGUAUUGGUCUAGUGUUGGCUUCAUAUCUGGUGGGGUGUGCCAAUGGUACGAUACACACUAGCACUGUCUUUCGCCUUCCCUUCUGCAGCUCCAACAUCAUUGACCACUUCUUUUGUGAUGUACCCUUCAUACUGAAACUUGCCUGUUCUGAUACUAUGCUCAACCGCACCCUGCUUUUCACAAUCUCUUCCCUGAUAGGCCUCUGUUCUUUCCUCAUCAUACUGAUCUCUUAUGUCUACAUUGUCAUCACCAUCCAGAGGAUCAGCUCAACGGAGGGAAGGAAGAAAACCUUCUCCACCUGUGCCUCCCACCUGAUGGCUGUCACCUUGUUUUAUACCACCAUCCUUUUCAUCUACUUGAAGCCCACUUCAAAUUACUCUGAAGGGCAAGACUAA